AUGCCUGUCGACAAGCAAGAGCGAGUGGUCGACACUGAUAACAUCCAGGGCAGCAUAUGGCCCCGUCUCCCCAAGUACUAUGAAUCCUACCUCUUUUUUAAGAUCACAAAUAAAGAGAGGUUCAGAAUACACCUCAGGGACAUCCUUGACAAUGGGGAGAUUACCACCGGCACUCAAUGCGAGGACCACCUGAAGUCAACGGGUGAGUUGGAGGAAGCAUGUGCAAGCUCCCGACGGGAUAUUCCUGAAGCAGACCGGAAGCCUUUCAUUGCAGUGAACAUCGCUUUCAGCCACAUGGGCUUGCUCAAGGUGGAACAUCCUGACGUCGAAGCGAAAUUUGCCGCGACUCUGGAAAAGGAUCCUGAUGAUUAUUGUAGGGACAGAAUCAACGAGGGUCUUUUUGAGAAGGGAAUGUUCGAUGACCUCGUCUAUGAAGGUGCUGAUAGCCCUGCUGCUUUGCAUCCGGAUUUCAGGGCUCCUCCCGAAAACGAAAAGAAGGAAGGACUUGAACGUUGGGAGUGGAGAGUGGACGGUGUCUUCAUUGUCGCCGCCCAUACUGCAAAAGCUGUGCGCAAGAAGAUUUAUGAUCUAGAGGACGCCUUCAACGUGGGCGAUGCCAAUCGGGCCAGUAUGAAGAUCGCCUUCAGAAGAGAUGGCCAACAGCGUCCUGGUGCAAACCGUGGCAAAGAGCAUUUUGGUUACGAGGAUCACAUCUCUCAACCAAGGAUUAAAGGCCUGGAUGAUCCCCCAGCCAAGGGUGAACCUCAUGCCUGCCCUCCUGGGUACAUCUUUCUGGGCCACAAAGGUGAUCGCAACAAGAAAAAAGGCCCUGAGUGGGCUAAAGAGGGCAGUUUUCUCGUCUUUCGUCAGCUCGAUCAAAAGGUUCCCGAAUUUGAAAAGUUCCUCGAGGAGUCAGCGCCGAACAUCCCAGGGACCAACUACAAGGGACCCAAUGGUCCUGCAAAGCUGGGUGCUCAUCUGAUGGGACGAUGGAAGAGCGGCAAAGGACUAAUCGACAAUCCAGGAGCCCCAGUUGCCAAGGCCGUCGAUGAGGACAACCCAGAUUUGGCAUUCGACAACAAGUUCGAUUUCAGACCCAAGAAGAGCAUCAAGGGUUGUCCGUUUGCCGCUCACGUCCGCAAGAUGCGUCCUAGAGCCGAUAGAAAACAAGACGUUGGGACAGAAGAGGACGGCGAUACCACCGAGCUUCCAGAGCCAGAAAGUGAUGAGUCUGAGGCCGAAGGACAAGAAGAGGAUGCUAGUGUCAUCCUCCGUCGUGGUAUCACCUUUGGUCCUGAGCUCACUGAGGAGGAAAAGAGAGAGAGGAGGACAAUUGAACAACGUGGCAUCUACUUUACGUGCUACCAGAGUCUAAUUCGGGACGGGUUCAACUUCCUCAUGACACGCUGGGCGAGUAACUCAUCCUUCCCUGACCACGAGGACCAGACUUUCCCCGACAAGCCUGGUAUGGACCCCUUUGUCAACCAGAGACUCCGAAGAGAUCAUCCCGAGGGUCACAUCAGUCUAUAUGAUGGAAGUAAUCCGGACGAGACUGUUAAGCUUGACCUUGGCGUCAGUCCAUGGGUUGAUCAGAAAGGUGGUGAAUACUUCUUCACUCCUUCCAUCAAGGCUUUAAGGGAGCAGUUUUCAAGUGCCAUUCCGGUCAAAUAG